AUGGCCGGCUCUAUCCGUUCAGAAGAAUGGCGAACCGAACUCGAUCUCUACGCGAGUGGACUACGAGUUUGUACACAAAACGCCAAGGUCCACUAUAAUCUUGGCAAGGUUCUGAGCAGAAUUGGUGAUGUAAACGCAGCUGAACACAACUACUGGAAUGCUAUUCGGUUGAAUCCAAAUUACGAGCAUGCGAUGAACAACUUGGCCAACAUACUGGAAGGCAAAAGGACGAAUGCCGACUGUCUCUUCAAUCUCGGGAAUCUCUACCAGAAAAUGAGAAGGCCUGACGAUGCACUUGAAGCAUGGAAGAAUGCCACAGUGCUCGAUCCCCGUCACAGCAAAGCAUUGACGAACCUUUUUGUUGCGUUGGAUGAGCGUGAGGAAUGUGAUGCAGUGGUGGCAAUGGCUGAGAAAAUUCCACAUUCGGUGGUGGAACAAUCGGCCGCACUCUCCUUCCAGAUAGGAGUGUGUUUGGGAAAAAUCGCUCGAUUUUCGGACGCUGAACGUCGAGUGCUGUACCAGCGAUGGACUCGAUACGACCUCGCCGAGAACUCGUAUCUCCAAGCUUUAAUGAUCGACUCGGAGACGAGUUCGGUUAGAUGGAACCUGCAGGCGGUUCAGGAAAAGCUCAACAGGACACGAACGAGUGCCAGACCAAAUACGCAUUCUUAA